UUGACAUUUAGCGUUCUAUGUGUCAAGUCAAAUUAAUUUCGAAAAUUGUUCUGUUCUUUAAUACUGUUUUAAAUAAAUGGGCGUAUUUUAGCGUAAUUUAAUAUAAGUAUUACACAAUGGCAGGGACGUAUUACUUUGUUAUCGUCGGUCACGCAGACAAUCCAAUCUUCGAAAUGGAUUUUAUUCCAGUGACCAAAGAAGUUAAGAAAGAAGACAACCGACAUCUAAACCAGUUCAUAGCUCAUGCAGCGUUAGACCUGGUAGACGAACACAUGUGGAAGGUGACCAACAUGUACCUCAAGUCCGUGGACAAGUUUAACCAGUGGUUUGUGUCCGCGUUUGUUACUGCUAGUCAGAUGCGGUUUAUAAUGGUCCACGACGCUCGCAAUGAAGACGGGAUCAAGAAUUUCUUCACAGAUGUUUACGAAGCAUACAUUAAAUUGAUGCUAAAUCCAUUCUAUAAGGAAAAUACCUCUAUUACACUGCCAGCAUUCGAAAAGAAAGCUCAGUUUUUAGGAAAGAAGUAUUUAACAUAGUUAAAAAUAUUUUAUGUAUUUAUGAAGGAUAUUGUUUACAAAGUUUCAGUUGAAAAAUAGAAUUCUCGUUAAAAUAAUCGAAACACGUUCUUUUUUCAGAACACGAUUUUAAAUUUUAAAUUCGUAUUUCGAACAUUGAUAUUGAGAAUUUAAAAUCUUGUAUUAUUUUUGUUUUUCUGAUAAUCCGAACUAUAAUCUUGUGAUGUUUCGAUUUUUUUUAUGAGAAGCGUAGAUUAUUUAUCAAUGUAACGUUAAGUAUAAUAAACAUUGUUUAAUUGUAAAUAUAGGACUAAUAUAAUAAAUCUGUUUAUUAAAUUGUU